GGGAGUCUUCGGGGGGCGAAGAAGAGAGAAGGAUGGGGGGCUCCGGCGCUGCGCCUUUGGCCUUUGGGGGGCUCCUGCUGGGGAUGCUGGUGGUCUCCGCUUCGGAGGGGCUGGGCGUGGAGGCGCCUCCAGAGCAUUUCCUGUACCAGUCGAAGGGCGAGUGCCACUUCUCCAACGGGACGCAGAGGAUCCGCUACCUAGAUAGAUACUUCUUCGACCGGCAGGAGCUCGCCUACUUCGACAGCGACCGAGGGAAGUUCGUGGCUGUGGCUGAACUGGGGGAGCCCGUCGCCAAGGCAUGGAACCAGGACAAGGACGCCCUGCGGCGCGAGAAGGCCUACGUGGAUGUCUUCUGCCGGCGCAACUACGGGAUCUUGGAUCCCUUCUCCCAGGCCCGGGGCGUCCAGCCCCAGGUGAAGAUCACCCCCACAGACAACAACGUUGAAUCUUCACCACACAACACUCUGCUGAUUUGCACCGUGAACCGCUUCUUCCCUGCGGGGAUCGAGAUCAAGUGGUUCAGGAACGGGAAGGAGGAGCCCAAAGUGUGGACCACGGACCUCAUCCGGAACGGGGACUGGACCUUCCAUAUUGAGGUGAUGCUGGAGACAAAGCCAGAACGUGGAGACGUCUACACCUGCCAGGUGGAGCACGCCAGCUUCGAAGGCCCCGUCACGGUGAAAUGGGAGCCACAGUCGGACUCUGCCAGGAGCAAGAUGUGGACGGGGAUUGUGGGGAUUGUGCUGGGGCUGGUCUUUGGGGCCACUGGACUCGCCCUUUACCUGAAGAACAAGAAAGGGAGAGCUGUUCCCCAGCCUGCAGGACUCGCUGGUUAGACUUUGCUGCUCCCUCGGGAUCCUGGGGUGUGGAGAAUUCCUUCCUGCCAGUUGCCCUCUGUCCAUGCUCAGAGGAUGGGAGCUUUUCGUUGGUUGCUUUUUAUUACUUCUUUUUCUGGGUGUCGCUUGGGGUUUCCAUUGCUCUUUCAUUUGGCAGAUUGGCAGUUAUCCUAGCCUGACGUAGCUUUAUUUGCACAUCUAUGUUGGAGACGCUGUGCUCUGAAUCUCCCCAGAGAAGCCUGAGCUGAGCCUUAAAGCAACGAUGGAUCCAGUCAGACUGUCAGGACUGAAUGUUAGUUCUUAAAGCCCUGAUGGGGAGCCUCAUAAAAUUUGACUCACUUUUUCGGGGGUAUAUUUUUCAAUUAAUUUUUCUUUUUUACAUUUUAGAAUAUGCCUGUAAACAAUCUUAAAAUAUAAAUGAUUUCCCUUC